UUUUUACUUUUACUUCAAUCUCGUUAUUCAGUUUGAAGGCUACCUUUCUAAAAGCUGCAUAUAAGCGGUUGGUGUAUUGAUUCCACUCGAUAAGUUUGCCCACUUUGGUUCGUGUUUUUUGUGCAUUGAGGUGAACAGUGAUUAUCUUCCGAUAUGCCGACUUAUCACAAACCGGAGUCAAAAACAAUUCAAGAACUAAAGGAUAUUGCUCAUAAGCUUCGCAUUCACUCGAUUAAUUCGACUCAAGCUUCGAAAUCUGGUCAUCCGACGUCAUGUGCGUCUAUUGCAGAAAUCGUCUCGGUAUUGUUCUUCAAUACAAUGCGGUAUAAAAUUUCAGCUCCACGUGACCCUUCUUCAGAUCGAUUUAUUCUGUCCAAGGGACACGCAGCACCUAUUCUGUAUGCCGCUUGGGCAGAGGCUGGUUUGUUUCCGACUAGCGAAUUGUUAAAUCUACGCAAAAUUGAUUCCGAUUUAGAAGGUCAUCCAACACCGAGAUUGAACUUCGUAGAUGUUGGAACCGGCUCCCUCGGCCAGGGUGUUGCGGUUGGUUGCGGAAUGGCGUACGUUGGAAAGAUCAUUGACAAGGCCGACUACAGAACCUAUGUGUUAGUAGGAGAUGGUGAAUCAGCUGAAGGCUCAAUCUGGGAAUCAUUACAUUUUGCUGGACACUACAGAUUAGAUAAUUUGUGCGUCAUUUUCGACGUCAAUCGAUUGGGACAGUCUGAACCAACAUCAUUGCAGCAUCGUAUGGAGGUCUAUCGCAAACGUUUAGAUGCUUUCGGUUUUAAUGCAAUUGUUGUCGAUGGACAUGAUGUGGAGGAGCUUUGCAAGGCAUUUUUCGAAGCUACUGUAACCAAGGAUCGUCCAACUGCAAUCAUUGCAAAAACGUUUAAGGGUAAACAUUUCCCGAAUAUUGAAGAUUUAGAGAACUGGCAUGGAAAACCACUGGGGGAGAAUGCAGCUUCUGUAAUUGAGCAUUUGCAGUCUUUGAUUCGCAAUACUGGUCAAACACCGAUAGUUCCUCCUUCACCACAGAAAGAUAGUGCUAAAAAAAUUAGCAUUAAAAACAUUCAGCUUGCAACACCUCCAGCGUAUAAGCUUGGUGAAUCUGUCGCUACAAGGUUAGCUUACGGAACCGCACUAGCCAAGAUUGCAAUGAACAAUGAUCGCGUUAUUGCUUUGGAUGGUGAUACAAAAAAUUCAACGUACUCUGAUAAGUUGCGUAAAGCGUUCCCCGAACGUUUCAUUGAGUGUUUCAUAGCGGAACAGAAUCUCGUUGGAGUAGCUAUUGGAGCUGCCUGUCGCGAUCGCACAGUGGCGUUUGUAUCUACUUUUGCAACUUUCUUCACUCGCGCUUUUGAUCAGAUCCGUAUGGGUGCUAUCUCACAGACCAAUGUAAACUUUGUGGGAUCACAUUGUGGUGUUAGUAUCGGUGAAGAUGGCCCCAGCCAAAUGGGAUUGGAAGACAUUGCAUUAUUCAGAGCCAUUCCUGGGAGCACCGUCUUUUACCCAUCGGAUGCAGUUAGUACCGAGCGUUCUGUUGAGCUGGCUGCUAAUACUAAGGGUGUUUGUUUCAUUCGUACUUCGAGACCAAAUACCGCUGUUAUUUAUAACAACAAUGAGCCCUUCCAGAUCGGCAAGGCUAAAAUUGUCAAGCAAUCGGCUGAAGACGCUGUAUUACUGAUUGGAGCAGGCAUCACACUGUACGAAGCUCUUAACGCAGCUACUGAAUUAGAGAAAUCUGGUGUUCAUGCUCGUGUCCUAGAUCCGUUUACGGUAAAACCUUUGGAUAAAGAAUCCAUCUUACAAAACGCUUUGCAAUGUGGCGGUCGCAUCAUCGUUGUAGAGGAUCAUUAUAAGCAAGGCGGUCUAGGGGAAGCUGUUUUAUCGGCUGUGGCUGAGCAGCGCAAUGUGGUAGUCAAGCAUUUGGGCGUUGAACAAAUUCCGCGCUCUGGUCCACCGACGGUUCUAAUUGAUAUGUAUGGAAUUUCGGCUCGCUGCAUUGUGGUUGCUGUGAAUGAAAUUCUUAAGUUGUAAGCAUGUACAGGAAAUGUCUGAUUUUAUAUGCAAUUUAUUUUUCUUUUGAAACAAGCUUAAAGCUUCGUCUUUUAAACAUCAUUCCUUAUUGUACGUUUUUAUACUACCCAUAUAUUUUGAUAUUACAUUAUUAUCAGGUUUGAAUAUAAUUCACAAGUUCAAAGUUAUUUCAUUGUUGUAUGCAGCAUUGGUACUUUUACUUUUAGAUUCCAUCUCCAUUAUAUCAUCGGAAUAUGCAAUAUAUGUUUUUUCAAUAUGCAAUCGUU